UAUUGAGGAAAAAACACUGGGUACACGCCGCUAGAAGCUCCUGGAGAAUUUUGUGUUCCACAGUCUCCGAAGAAAAAUUGGGCAGGGGUUCGUCCGCUCAUUGCCACGUUUUCGAGGCAGUGGAAAACAAGAGUUGGGACAUGGACAGCCGCUUGCAGGAGAUCCGGGAGCGGCAGAAGUUACGGCGACAGCUUCUCGCGCAGCAGUUGGGAGCUGAAAGUGCUGACAGUAUUGGUGCUGUGUUAAAUAGCAAAGAUGAGCAGAGAGAAAUUGCUGAAACAAGAGAAACUUGCAGGGCUUCCUAUGAUACCUCUGCUCCAAAUGCAAAACGUAAGUAUCAGGAUGAAGGAGAGACAGAUGAAGACAAAAUGGAAGAAUAUAAGGAUGAAUUAGAACUGCAACAGGAGGAAGAGAAUUUGCCAUAUGAAGAAGAGAUUUACAAAGAUUCUAGUACUUUUCUUAAGGGAACACAGAGUUUAAAUCCCCAUAAUGAUUACUGCCAACAUUUUGUAGACACCGGACAUAGACCUCAAAAUUUCAUCAGAGAUGUAGGUUUGGCUGACAGAUUUGAAGAAUACCCUAAACUGAGGGAGCUCAUCAGGCUGAAGGAUGAGCUAAUAGCUAAAUCUAACACUCCUCCUAUGUACUUACAAGCAGAUAUAGAAGCCUUUGACAUCAGAGAACUAACACCCAAAUUUGAUGUGAUUCUUCUUGAACCCCCUUUAGAAGAAUAUUACAGAGAGACUGGCAUCACUGCUAACGAAAAAUGCUGGACUUGGGAUGAUAUCAUGAAGUUAGAAAUUGAUGAGAUUGCAGCACCUCGAUCAUUUAUUUUUCUCUGGUGUGGUUCUGGGGAGGGAUUGGACCUUGGAAGAGUGUGUUUACGCAAGUGGGGUUACAGAAGAUGUGAAGACAUUUGUUGGAUUAAAACCAAUAAAAACAAUCCUGGGAAGACUAAGACUUUAGAUCCAAAGGCUGUCUUCCAGAGAACAAAGGAACACUGCCUUAUGGGGAUCAAAGGAACUGUUAAGCGUAGCACAGACGGGGACUUCAUUCAUGCUAAUGUUGACAUUGACUUGAUUAUCACAGAAGAACCUGAAAUUGGCAAUAUAGAAAAGCCUGUAGAAAUUUUUCAUAUAAUUGAACAUUUUUGUCUUGGUAGAAGACGCCUUCAUUUAUUUGGAAGAGAUAGUACAAUUCGACCAGGCUGGCUUACAGUUGGACCAACUCUUACAAAUAGCAACUACAAUGCAGAAACGUAUGCAUCCUACUUCAGUACCCCAAAUUCCUACUUGACUGGAUGUACAGAAGAAAUUGAGAGACUUCGACCAAAAUCACCUCCUCCCAAAUCUAAAUCUGAUCGGGGAGGUGGAGCUCCCAGAGGAGGAGGAAGAGGUGGGACUUCUGCUGGCCGCGGGCGAGAAAGAAAUCGAUCUAACUUCCGAGGAGAAAGAGGUGGUUUCAGGGGAGGCCGUGGAGGAGCACACAGAGGUGGCUUUCCACCUCGAUAGUUUUUAGGACAGUGAUCCUAUUAAUGCCCCUUCACCUUCUUUCUGAUAGUAGGAAUUUCAACUGGGAGACGUUGUUUAGAACUCUGUUCCAACUUGCACUUUGCUUUAGUUUCUCCAAGCUGCAGGAAUAUUUUAGGCAAACUCCCUUGCAGUUGUCACUGUCUGGUUUUGUCCAGAAUAAAUGAAGUCAUCCUGUCUUUUGUCAUGUGCAUGUAACCGAACAGAAUGGAACAACACAAAUACUUUCACUUUCAGAGACAGAAUUUAUUCUGAUAUAUUUCAACUAAUUACAAAGGCUUUUGCUUUUUAGAAAUAAAGUGAGCAGUGAAGAAGACCCAAUCUGGAGUAUCAUACUAGUGCUGACGGUAGUUGAUAAUGGGCAUCCUGCCACUGCUGUCACAGCAAAAGGGAAACUGUUUGACAGCCUUGAUGGAAUGGAGUUGGGACAGAUGGUAAACUUCUCUUAGGCUUUUAAUAUUUUCUUGUUGAAACAAUAAAAAGAGACUUCUUUUUUUUUUUCUUUAUGAAAAAUUUUAAACUCAUAUAAUUUGACCAUAGAAGAAAUUGAGAGACUUAGAACAAAAUCACGUCCUCCCAAAUCUAAAUCUGAUUGGGGAGGUGGAGCUCCCAGGGGUCGGAAGGGAAGAGGUAGAACCUAGUAGGCAGACUUUACAAAGAGAAAAAAAAAAACUCAUUAUAAUCUCAGUUGUGCAGCUAUUGAUGACUGUUAAUAAUACUUGCAAAAAAACAAGGACAAAUAUCCAAGUGCUAGAACUUUGGUAUGGACUUGAUCUUGGAUUGACUUUCAAAGCAGUUUCAUAUUCCUUAACAAAAUAAAAGAAUUGGAUGCAACAGAGACACCUGUUUAUCAGGUACUUGGUUUAAACAUUUUGGGGAAUAAAGUACGUGGUGAUGAGGAAAUGACAUGCAUCUUUAAACUUGUUAUGGAGAAAACUUAAUGUAAAACCCAAUUACAGAAGACCCUCGACUUAAGAAGAGAGCUUGGAAAAUGGAACUGCAGUUGCCUUUUAAGGGACUGGUUUCCCAGAUCAGUUAGUUAUAUGAGACUUUAUGUUGUCAUUUCUCUUUCUGUACUGUAACCCAUGUUUUAAAUGAAUUUGCUGAAUGAAAUAAUGCCAUUAUUGUUCUUGAUAAAUCUAUUUUUUAUUUUGUGUAUGAUUUUUCUAAUGAAACUUUAAACCUUUGAAA